AUGGCGAACAUCCCGACGCCUAUUCCCCAGUUGGAACUCAACGAUGGAACAUCGAUCCCUAUGCUUGCCUAUGGCACCGGGACUGCUUGGUAUAAGUCCACCGAAGGCGGCGUCGACCGAAAGACCGUUGAGGGCAUCAAGACCGCCAUCAAGCUUGGUUAUUAUCACCUUGACAAUGCGGAGGUAUAUAACACAGAGCCUGAAGUGGGAGUUGCCAUUAAAGAAAGCAAAAUUGAACGAUCGAAGCUCUUCGUAACGACAAAAGUAAUCACCAACAUAGCGGACAUACCCAAAGCAAUCGAUGCAAGCCUCAAGAAACUGCAAUUAGACUACGUUGACUUGUAUCUGGUUCACUCGCCAUUCUUCGCUAAGUCAGAUGAAGACCUACAGACAGCGUGGAUGGCCAUGGAGGGUGUGAAGAAGUCUGGAAAAGCUAAAUCAAUAGGAGUCUCCAAUUACCUUGAAUCCCACUUGAAGGCCACACUCGCUACCGCCAAUACGCCCCCUUCAAUCAAUCAAAUUGAGUUUCAUCCGUACCUGCAACGUGGCUCUCUCCUAUCCUACCACAAGUCUCAGAACAUUGCUGUCUCUGCAUACGGUCCCCUAACCGCUGUCACAAAAGCCAAGCCUGGACCUUGCGAUGAGAUGCUGGCGUUCUUGGCGAAGAAGUAUUUUGUUAGCGAGGGCGAGAUUUCAUUGCGGUGGUGCAUUGACCAGGGUGUGGUGGCGAUCACAACGAGUGGGAAGGAAGAGAGAUUGAGUGCUUAUCUGAGGGCAAUGACAUUCACACUAACACCAAAGGAGGUCAAAGAUUUGGCGGGAAUCGGUACAGAGAAGCAUUAUAGGGGAUUCUGGCAGGCGAAGUUUGAUGAGAAUGACAGAUCUUGA